UGAAGAGAAAGGGAGGGAGGGAGGCAGAGGGCGACAGUGCGCGCACGUGAGAGAGCUGUUUCAUUUGUGGCGAGAGUGGAUGAUAUUCUUUGCUAUAGAGAAUAAGAUGGAAAUGGAAAACUCUACCAUGGUAUAUUCUGAUGUGACAACUGGGAUGGGCAUAAUAUCUCUGGUUGUCUACUGUGUGGCGUUUGUGCUUGGCCCCACUGGCAACGGCUUGGUGAUCUACGUGACGAGCUGCAGGAUAAAGAAGAAUGUCAACUCUGUUUGGUUCCUCAACCUGGCCUUGGCGGACUUCCUCUUCACUUCCUUUCUGCUCCUCUAUAUCAUCUACAUUGCCCGUGGUUAUGAUUGGCCUUUCGGUGACAUCCUUUGCAAGUUAAACAGCAUGGUGACUAUGCUCAACAUGUUCGCCAGCAUCUUCCUCCUGGCGGCCAUCAGUCUGCACCGCUGCCUGUCCACGUGGGUGGUUGUGUGGGCCCAUAACAAGUGCACGCCAGGCAGGGCUGAGGUCAUCUGUGUGGGGAUCUGGUUAGCCUCAUUGGUCUGUAGCCUCCCAUUCACCAUCUUUCGGGAGAUCAUACACCAUGAUAAUAGGACAAUGUGCAGUUAUUCAAUUCCCCAUUAUUCCACCUACAGGAACUUGGUUAUGUUCCGCUUUCUGCUGGGCUUUCUCAUCCCAUUCCUGGUCAUCAUAGGCUCUUACAUUGCCAUAUGGAUACGCGCCAGGCGCCUUCAGAAAGGAAGAACGCACAGGUCCCUCCGGAUCAUCGUCUCCGUUGUCUUGGCCUUCUUCAUCUGCUGGAUGCCCUUCCACGUCUUCCAGUUUCUGGACAUCAUGGAAGAAGACAACCAAGGCCUCAAGCUGGUCAUGCAUAUAGGGACUCCCCUGUCCGCUAGCCUGGCCUUCCUCAACAGCUGCCUGAACCCCAUCCUGUACGUCUUCAUGUGUGACGAGUUCCAGAAGAAGCUGCGUCAGUCCGUGUUGCUCGUAUUCGAGAAUGCUUUUGCAGAGGACCACGGGAUGAACUUUGUGUCAUCAACACGCUCCCUGAGCUCCCAUCUCUCCCGGAUCUCCCGUAAGUCUGAGUCUCUGGCUCCAGAAGAAGGAGGACAUUUACACCUCACUGGUGACCAGUCUGAUAGUAAAGUGUAAACUGAGGUGUGAGAUGGGAGACAUCUGCAAAAGACAGGGCUAGUACAUCUGUAUUACAGAGUAAUUUGACUGUAGCUGUUGUCAUUGUGGUUUUCAUGGUGGCAAUGAAAUCAAUCAAAUGUAUCUUAUAAAGCCCUUUUUACAUCAGUAGUUGUCACAAAUUGCUUUACAGACACCCAGCCUAAAACCUCAAAGAGCAAGCAAUGCAGAUGCAGUUACCAGAUUUAACUUCUGUUAUAGUGAUGUUAUGUUGAAGUUAUGGAGACCUUAUUUUGAUGUUAUGUUGACAUUAUGGGGAUGUUAUGUUGACAUUAUAGGAAAUUUCUCACACAAAUAGACAAUAACAUUCCUAAACCUCUAAUUUCAAAUUCUUACAAGACUGUACGACAGACAGAACAAUUUUGGUAUAAAAAAUAACAAAAAACCUCUUACGGUAAUUUAUUAAUGUAUUUGUUCAUAUUUUGCUUGUAGCUAAUACAAGAGUUGACUCCUGAAAGGACUCUGAAAUCUGACCAAAGAAACACACUUACAAAUGUUUUACUUCAGACAACAUUCCUUUUGUGAUCCAAAACAAACAGAACAUUUAUUGCCUGUAUGUGAUAGAUAUCUUGGACCUAUUUCUUCCAUGUGGACUGUUUCUGACCUGCAGAUGACAAGAUCCUUCUGAAAAACCCUCUCCCAAAAUAACUGCUGUGGAGAAAUCAUUUGUGGAGAAAUUACAUUUCAGAAAUCAAUCAAUUGUAAAAACAGCACUGGCAGAUAUAUUAUAGCGAUGAAUAAAUUACAAUAGCUCUUUACAACUUUUUUUAUUUUAUUUUUUACAGUUUACUUAAAAUUUUAGAUAUGUGAGAGACUUUUCUUUUGAAUGUUUAAACAAAAAAGAUGCAUAAGAGCACUGCUUGUCUGGGAAACUGGUGAUCCUAAAACACAAAUAUAUACCACUGGAAGCCUGGAAUUAAUUUAGAGUAUUCCGGAAUUUAGACAAAUGUUCCACACUACUCAACCUGUUUACAAACUUUUCAUGACACAUUGUUGUGAUUGACAACAGACUAUAUAAUGCAUUACCAGAUAUUCUGUAAUAUGACAAAAAACAUAUAAUAAUUAUUUAAACAGAUGAACUUGGGCCCACCAGAAGCAUCAACUUACUGAAAGUAUUGCUACAUUUUUCAAAACGAGGACUUUGGGUCCCUAAUUGUGGCAGUAUAUGGUAGAAAUGGGCUCCAUGAGGCUCCUCUGACAUUGUCACACGUAAUGUCCUCCUUGGGGAGAGGACUAGUGCAGCGUCCUGGGGUAGAUCACUUGCUCGUGGCUCCUACCUGCUCUAUUCUUUUCUCCUCCCUCUGCUGUGUUGAUACUGCCUGGGGGAUUCCCAGCUAGCGGUCGUACAUCUCCUUCAUCUCUUUCAGGAUCUUGAUGCUCUCGCUAUACCUCAGCUGAUUCUUGUUGGACGCUUCUUUCCAUCUGAACACAGUUAAUAAGAUUGAUCGCAGCUAGAUAAACAAUGUUUACUGACAGAAUUUGUAUCAACUUUUUUUCCAAUCAAGAUUAAAUUCGGUUUAAUAGUUGA